AUGUCUGACUUCUUUAAGUCCUUCAACAGGAUCUUGGGUCAACGUCAACGUGCUACCAUGGCUUAUCGACCCCAAACUAAUGGAUUCGCAGGGCGUAUGGUCCAGAAAAAUACCAGGGCUCUUAAGAUAUAUAUGCAAGAUCUGGAUCAACGUGAUUGGGAUGGAUAUUCUGAACGGCUCACCUUCGCGAUCUAUACCGCAAGAGAUCGGAUCCGAGGUGAAACCCCUUUCUACGUUAUACACGGUUGGGAUCCUAGAUCCACUCUGGAAUCGGUGAUCCCGGUGGGAAGCACUCGCAGGCAUGAUCGAGAUCCUAGGAGAUGGCGAUAUCGGAUGCAAAAGUACUACCAACAACCCCGAGAACAAGUAAACCAACGUUUACGCGAAGCGAUUGCGAAUCGGACCGACACACAUAAUGGUCUAAGUCUGGAUCAAGGGUCUGGUUAUACCUGGAUCGGGUGCAUGAGGGAUAUGCAAAGAAGUUGGCGCACUUAUGACAUGGGCCAUUUCGCGUCGCUGAAAAGAUCUGGGAAUAUGCAGUGA